CUCCUCCAGUAAGGAAGUCAACGCUACCACUGGAACAUGAGCAGAAUGGACUGUUGCACACCACAGCCCUCACGUCGACACAACCCUGUGGACAGCAUUUGCCGCAAGCUGCAAACCAUUCAGUGGCGUGGUGACCGAGAGCCCAAUUCGCCUUUCCAGAUUCCCAAACUCUCUUCCAGCAGUUACGACAGCCCUCAGUCCGGACUCAGGCACAACCUGGAAGCCAUCCUUAAAAAAGGAGCCUUCGUCAGAGACGAGGAGGAAAAGCUGAAAGCGAUGGGGAUGCCGAGCUCUGCAGCUUCCCACAGCAGUGGCCUUGGUUCCUACCACCCGCUCACUACUCCUGACUGCAAUCGUUCAACCCCAGCUAAUGUCACCUACACAAUCACAAGCACUCUAGGAGAAAGACGAGGUGCUGAUGGGAGUGAUGUUAAACAAUUUAAGGCAUGGCAGAGGUAUUGUUCAACACCUACGGGUCAUUCUAGGGACUCCCCUUAUUUUACAUUCACACGCGGACCAAACUCCACACAGUCAGAGUGCAGCAGUCAGAGAGCGAGUCCUCCUCAAUCCCGUACCUUCACCCCGGGUAACAGCACGCUCUCCUACAACGUCAACUUCUGCUCUGCAGAUAGAACCAACUCUGCUGAUUGUGAGCUGGCCUACCCUGCCCUGGUCGUGAAAAGACUUUCCAUGGGAGAAGGAGCUUCCUCAGGUUCGUCGGUUAACUCGGAGAACAAAAGAAAUAUGGCAGAAAUCAGCCUCAUCUGUGAAGAGAAUCUGCUCGAUACCAUAUUUCAUGCUUGUGACACCCAGCGCAGAGGUAAAGUGUAUGUGUCUCAUAUCGUGGACUACCUGCGUCACACAACCAGUCGAAGCUCAGAAGACAGUGGUCUGGAGGAGCUUUGCAACAUGCUGGACCCUGAACAGAAAGACGUGUCCAUAGAUCUGGAUACCUACCACGCUGUGAUGAGGGAGUGGAUCGAUGACUGCCGCAAUAGCAGAGAAGGUACAGCAGAGAACAACAGCCAGGAAGACCUAAUUAAAUUCAAAGAUGGUGCCUCUGCCAGAAGAUCCAUGUUGUUAAAUAUGACAUCAGGCAGCUUAGAGGCUUUUGGUGGAGAGGCGUCUAGAAUGGAAUUUGAAACAUCAGAGUUGGUCUAUUGUGUUGCUGAUCUCCAGAUGAGCAACCAAAAGCUUCAGGAAGAGGUUCGAAAGCUGAAGCAGGUGGUGGAGAGCAUGGAGGAGGGCAACCAGAAACUGGCAGAAGAAAAUGAGGAUCUACGCAAUCAAGCCAGGGUUAACCAACAGCUUGCACAGAAAGAAAAGAUGCUAAAAGAAGAGGUGGAGGAGAUGAAGGCAACGCUGAGCUGUACAGAAGAAGGCAGAGCCCGUGCCUCCGCGCACAGCAAACAUAUGGAGAGAGAAAAUCAGAGCCUGAUUACCAAGAUUGCAUCUCUUCAGGAUGAGAACUUUAAGAUCACCAUGGAGAAUGAUGAGCUUCAGAAGAAAAUAAGGGAGCUGUGUGACAUUAACACUGACCUUCAGGUGCAAAUUCAUUCCUUUGAUUCUGUCAUCGGAGAAAAGGAGUCGGUUAUAGUGGAGAAGAGCAAACAGCUGGAUGAGCUGAAGGCAACGGUAGAGGAAUACUCUGCCAUCACAGAGUGUCUGAGAAAAGAUAAAAACAGGCUGGAGAGCCAGAUGCAGAUGAUUCUUCCAGACCUUGCUGGGGCCAGUAUGGCUUUGUCAGUGGCUUACAGAUUAAACCAGAGCAGCCUAGGAUCACUGCAAACGGAACUGGCUCUGGCACAGUCACCACUGGAGGCUCCUCAUGCAGCUGACUAUCUGUCAACCACAAUGACCUCACAGCUGGAUGAGACUCUGGACAGAGAGGUGCUGCUGCUGCUGCAGGGACCGAACACUGAACACGUGGCUCUCGAGUUUAAAAGUCUCCUCAACAAGCUGAAGAGAGAUUUCAAAGACGAAACCAGCUCCGUCUUGUCGGCAGUUCAAAACAUGUUGGAGAACGGAAAGCAGCUAGAUGAUGGGACCCAUGCUGGCCUUCAGACGGUGCAGGCUGAGCUAGAUGCCAGGAGGGCAGACUGGGCCGUCGGCUUGGACCAGCUGGCCCAGUACACAGACUCAUUAGAAAAGGAGCUGAUCAAAAUGGCCGGUAACAUGAGACGAUCCCGCACUGAUAUUCUCCAUCUUUCGGUCAGGGUGCAGGAACAGGAGAACCAGAAACGACAGCUAUCUGAGGAACUGGAGCAGCUAAAGAUAUCUCAAGACAGCAGAGAGGCCUCAUGCCAAACACCUGCACCAGAGGAGGAGGAGCCUGAGUUGGACUGGGAUGAGGAGUUUGCACUACAGGACUUCUUGAAAAAUGAACUAGCAGAGAGGAACUGCUGGGUGCAGGAUGGGAAAGGAGUCUGCAGUCUGGAAGAAAAAGGAGACAAAUUAACAGAGAGAGUUGAUCAGGAGGAUGGGGAGGAGAGGUGGACGGUGGUGGAGCAAGCUGGAGAGGGUGAAGUGAGAGAUACAUCAACUCCUCUUUCCACUGUCCUCAGAGACCCUCAACCUGAGCAGAGCACAGAUGCAGGAAGUUCAGAAACUGAAGCCUGCCCAGAAUCAGACCCUGAGAUCCAUCCGCAACCUUUGCAGAAGGUGGCAGCAGCACCAAUGAACGCCCACUCCCAAGCUGUCAGCAUAAGACACCCAGAGGCGGUCGCUCACCCUGAUGUGUCCCACUCAGAAAACAACACAGGUGAAGAGAUGAGUGAGGUUCCAGAGUUCAGCUGCAGCCGUCCACCUCAAACACUGAGAUCACCGACUGAGCAGGAUGAUCACAUCAAGCCUAUUGACACGAGCAUUGGAGAAGCAGAUAUCGAUUCUGCAAGUAGUAUUUCACCUGGACCAGAUAAGAGUGUUCCCAAGACUGAGAGUGAGGCUCACAGGCAAGAAGAGGAGAAAGAAGACGCCGUAGAUGCCAGCUUGGGAGACAUGAAUCGGCAUAAGAGCUCAAGUUGUGACCCGUCGGCAGAUAAAUCAGCAACCGACGACAGCACAAGUGUGUUACCUGUGCUGGUGGAGGAGGAAGAGACUGUACAGGAUAGUACGGCUGAUGGGCCAACGCUUUCUACCAGUGUGGCAGGGAUGGACCAGGUCACUAGCAAAGGCCCAAAUACCUCUGAGAGCAGCUCUCUUCUGUCAGAACUACAGGUUGCUCAGAACAGCCAGCCAAGAGGUGGAAAUGGCAGCACAGCCCCUGAUGCCAUCAGUUUCCAGAAUCUGGCACACGCCAUGGACGCCGUGGAGAAGAACCAUGUUCAAGUUGAACCAACUGAGAUCAGUCUGGGUGCUAGGAGGGAAUCGGAUUCAUCUGUUAUCUCUGACAACGAUGUCUUCAAAGACGACAGGAGCAGCUCGUCACCUACAGAAAAGGAGAUUGAGGCAGAGUUCCAGCGCCUUGCUCUGGGAUUCAAGUGUGAUAUGUUCACUCUGGAGAAGAGGCUCCGCCUGGAGGAGAGGUCACGGGAUCUUGCAGAAGAAAAUGUUCGCAGGGAAGUGUCCAGCUGCCAAGGCUUGCUGCAGGCUCUAACUCCUUUGUGUGAAGAUGACAGCCAGUCAAUGGAGAUCAUCCAGAGGCUUCAGAAAAACCUAGAAAUUCUCAACCAGUCCAUGACCAGGGUGUCCAGUCGCUCUGAGAUGCUUGGAGCUAUACACCAGGAGAACCGCAUUGGUAAAGCUGUGGAGGUAAUGAUCCAGCAUGUGGAGAACCUGAGGAGGACGUACACGAAGGAGCACAGUGAGCUCCUUGAGCUUAGAGAGGCACUCAUGCAAAGUGAGAGAUCGUUUGGAUCACAAACAGAAAAAGAUGAUUUUCGUGGCAAGAAGCAACCAUCAAAAUACACGAGAAGAUCCAGUGUAACACCUAUUCCUGGUGUUGGUGCAAGCCUGUAUUCUGGCAUGUCAAAAGCCAAUCAGGAUGGCUUUGAAGGUGAAGCAGAGAGACUGACCAGGCGAUCCCCAUGGAAUGUGGCAUCGAAGAGCAUGACACGCCCCCCGCUCAAACGGUUUGUUAGCUCUGCGGCCUGGGUUGACACUGAAGAUCCCCCUGACAUGACUAAGGGGCCUUCCUGCAGCAGCACAGACUGCCAUUCAGAUGACGAGCCCAAGAAGGAGGAAAUUGAAGAAAGGAGGUCCAGUAUCAAGGAGCUGGGCAGCAAACUCACCUCCCUGAUUCUGCCCCUUAAGACUCCAAGUCCUUCGUCCAGCCCCACAACAACAGAACCAGGAUUAUCUCCCCCUCUGUCUCAAAGCCUGCCCAGUUCCAGGAGACCUUCUGCAGCGGUAGCCAAAGGAGGAGGCAGAGGGCCCUGGCUGUGGUUGGCUAUUGUGGUUGUGCUAGCAGGUCUCCUUGCACUCCUGGCCAGUCUGGUGAUGCAGCCAGCAGUCGAUGCAGCACCUGUGGGGACAGGAGACUCAUGGAUGACCAUCCAGCAGCUGCUGUGGCCUUACACAGGGCUUCGGCAUAACGGACAACCACCCGUCUAGAUGGUCUACUGUGAGGCGGAUAGUUCUGAAGCCCAUCUGCCUUCUACAAAGCUACUCUUUGUAGUGCUGUGGUCAAAAAGACAGUAAGCCACUUCAGAGCAGAGGCUGAUGUGAUGUUUACUGGUGCCUGAAUACCCCUGAAUGAAGACUUGGAAUAACAGCAAAGGCCAGGCUUUGCAGGGAUGGCUAACCCUAUAGAUGAUUUUAUGUAUCGGAUCACGUUUGCUAAAUUAGUCUGUUUCUGCAUGUCUCCAUGUUACAGGACAGGUUGGGCUGACCGCAUCAACGUAAAAACCUGAAAACAUAUCGGUACAGGUGGAAGCAGCUGACCUCUGUCAUACAGAGCUGACAAAGCACUAAUAAUGUUAAUAUAAGGAAUGAUGGCACAGGAAUCUGAUGUGUUCCACUCUGACUGCCCAACUAGAGUUAUUGAACACAUUUCAUUUGUUUUAAACUAAGACUACAAAUGCAUUUAAUAGGUUUUAUUCAACUUACCUGGUUGACUUGGCUAUAUCUUUCAUAUGAGCUUAAGUCUACAAAAACUGGUAAUAAGUUUAUUCUGAAUGUUUCUGAGAUGUAUUUAUGAUUGUUAGCUACAAGUGGGAAGAGAUGGAUCUUUUUUGCUUUUAAGCUAAACAACACUAGUUUAAAUUUUAACUGGUAUUGUGAUUACUACAAAUUUAAGAAAAUUCUUUUUUCCUUUGAAUACCAACCUUUUUUUUUUUUUUUUGCUUUUAACAGUUUGAACACAAAGUUUCUUGCUUUUAACUCCAAUUCUGUCUGUGGUUUCCACGGUUUUCAAUUUAUUAUUCUUUUGUAUGUUUCAAAGAGGAUGCAUGGAUCUUUGCACAAAUAAAGUAGCCUAUUCUGCAACAAAGUGGGUUUUCAUGCAUCCCAAUAUCAAUUCAAUAUAUUUUUAAUGCAUUUGCUCAAUACCAUGAUUGACAAUUAAACCUGGGGUCUUAUGGAAAAAGGAAGGAGGUAAUGAUGCUCGGUACACCUUGUCUACAAGAUGAAAAUGCAAAUGGUUAACCUAAAGAUCUACCAUUUUCGUUAUUGUGGGUUUAUUUUAUUCUAAUCUGCUCGAAAAAAUAAAG